AUGGGUACUUUACCUGAAAGAAAUCUUGCUGUGAUAAAACGUUUUGAUCACAGUCAGAAUGAUUCAGUGAAAUAUCAUCACGCUUACCCAAAUUCAACGCAGAAUAAUUAUGGGAACGUUACCGUUGUCACGGCAUAUUUUGAUCUGGGAACAUUCCGAAAAGGACCACCAGGGCAAUAUUUCACUAGGAAGUUGUACUUUGACUGGGCCAAGACAUUUCGAUACCUAAACAACUCAUUGGUAAUCUACACGGAUUCUGAAGAUUUCAAAAUACACAUGUUCAAAGUGAGAAAUGAAUCCAUGAAGCAUACAAAAAUAUUUCUCAUCGAAAGAUCGUCGUCAUGGGCUUUCCAAAAUAUUGACAAAAUACAAAAGAUAUUCAGUGCAAAGAGUUAUCCGAAACAUUAUCCGAAUACGGUUAUUCCAGCGUACGCAUGCGCACAACAUGCUAAGUUUGACAUGAUUGAACGCGCUGCAAAAUUCAAUAUAUUUGGUACAAAAUAUUAUAUGUGGUUGGAUAUUGGGUAUUUCCGGAAUCGUAAAUCAGAAAAUGAUUUUUAUUUGACCAAACCAAAGGGCUUCGUUGAUUCAAAAAUUGCUGUGAAUCUUGUGAAUUCGAAACUAUCACUUACGUCGCAUCCAGAAGAUAUUAUAAAGAAAAAUCUUGUUUUGUUUGGUGGCGGUUUGGUUUUUGGCGAAAAAGAGCAUGUAACCAAAUUUGCUGAUCUGUUCCGAAGAGCUGUAGAUCAUUUCUUGUUAAAGGGAUUGGCAAACACUGAUCAACAAGUUAUUUACGCCAUGUUUUCAAUGGACGGAAGGAAGUCGUUAAAACCGGAAGUAGAACUACAAGUUUACAGGUCUCCGCAUGAAAACGACUGGUUCUACCUCGGAAAUAUAAUGGUUAAGGAAAUGAUGUCAUGA